GCCGUUGGUGUACAGUUCUCGUGCACAUUUAGCUAAUCGACGAGUGUAAAUGUUUGCCCACUGUAUUCUAUAUAUUACUAGGAUACGAUUGGAUGGCGCCCCGGAUGAUGCUGGUUCCUGCAUGCAAGUCCCCGUUUUAGUUAACAUUCCAGACAAACGGACUUAAAGCGCUACCCGAAAAGUCUUUACAAAUGACAACUGUCCUCACCAGAAGACCUUCUUGUUGCAAGCAGAGUUGCUGCCAAGUAAACGACCCUCCUAGGGUUUCUGGUUUCCUUAUUGGUUAGUUGAAAAAUGAACUAAGACUUCAGCCCUGGAACAAGCCGCCCGCUCUGCCACAAGCCACUCAACCCCCGAGCCAUUGGCUCACACUGCCGCUUUAUCCCACAAUGCAGCGCAUGGCGCGUCAUUGAAGAGAGACCAUGAUGGCGGCUGCGGGAGCACCAGAAGUAAUUGCACAGCUGGAGAGCGCUGCCAAAGUUUUAAUGGCACCACCAUCUAUGGUCAGUAAUGAGCAGCGCCAGCAUGCAGAGCACAUAUUCCUUUCCUUUAGAAAAUCUAAAUCUCCAUUUGCCAUAUGCAAGCACAUUUUAGAAACUAGCAAAGUGGACUAUGUACUGUUCCAGGCAGCAACUGCAAUAAUGGAAGCUGUAGUUCGAGAGUGGAUUCUUUUAGAGAAAAGCAGCAUUGAAUCACUGCGAACAUUCCUUUUAACCUAUGUCUUACAAAGACCCAAUCUUCAGAAAUAUGUGAGAGAGCAGAUAUUGCUUGCAGUUGCAGUAAUUGUGAAGCGUGGCUCAUUAGAUAAAUCCAUUGACUGCAAGGGUAUUUUCCAUGAAGUCAGUCAUUUAAUAAGCAGUGGAAAUCCAACUGUGCAGACAUUGGCAUGUUCCAUUCUUACAGCCCUGUUAAGCGAAUUUUCCAGUUCCAGCAAAACAAGUAAUAUUGGACUAAGUAUGGAAUUCCAUGGCAAUUGUAAAAGAGUUUUUCAAGAAGAAGACCUUCGACAGAUCUUUGUUCUUACAGUUGAAGUUCUUCAGGAAUUCAGUCGCAGAGAAAACCUUAAUGCUCAGAUGUCUUCUGUUUUCCAGCGAUAUCUUGCACUAGCUAAUCAGGUUCUGAGUUGGAACUUCUUACCACCAAAUUUGGGUCGACAUUAUAUAGCUAUGUUUGAAUCCUCUCAAAAUGUGAUGCUGAAGCCAACUGAGUCCUGGCGUGAGACAAUCUUGGACAGCAGAGUUAUGGAACUUUUUUUUACAGUGCAUCGCAAAAUCCGUGAAGACUCUGAUAUGGCGCAGGACUCCCUCCAGUGCCUGGCACAGUUAGCUUCUUUGCAUGGUUCUAUAUUCCCAGAUGAGAAUGCCCAGGUUAACUACCUUGCUCGUCUAGUUGAAGGACUGCUCAGUAUGAUAAAUGGGAUUGAAGUAGAAGAUUCAGAAGCUGUAGGAAUAUCCAAUAUUAUCAGCAAUUUAAUAACAGUGUUUCCCCGCAGUUGUUUGACUGCCAUUCCCAGUGACCUUUUCAAUUCAUUUGUAAACUGCCUCACCCACCUCACCUGUACCUUUGGACGAAGUGCUGCCUUAGAAGAAGUGCUUGAUAAAGAUGACAUGGUAUAUAUGGAAGCGUAUGACAAGCUCCUUGAAUCCUGGCUGACACUUGUGCAGGAUGACAAGCAUUUUCAUAAAGGCUUCUUUGUCCAACAUGCAGUGCAGGUUUUCAAUUCAUAUAUUCAUUGCCAUCUUGCUGCUCCUGAGGGCACCCGGAACUUGACUGCUAAUGGAGUAGCAUCUCGAGAAGAAGAAGAAAUAAAUGAACUACAAGAAGAUGACAGAGAACUGUUUUCUGACCAGCUGGCUAGUAUUGGCAUGUUAGGGAGGAUAGCUGCUGACUACUGUAUUCCCCUCCUUACAAGUUUAUUGGAGGACAGAGUUACAAGGCUUCACGGUCAGUUGCAGCGGCAUCAGCAACACUUGUUGGCUUCUCCAGCAUCCGGAUCGGUUGACAAUAAAGUACUGGAUGACCUGUAUGAAGAUAUUCACUGGCUUAUUCUAGUUACAGGCUACCUCUUGGCUGAUGAUACUCAGGGUGAGACUCCUCUCAUACCUCCAGAGAUAAUGGAAUAUUCAAUUCAGCACUCAACAGAAGUGGAUAUUAACACAACACUUCAGAUACUUGGCUCUCCUGGAGAGAAGGCCUCUUCAAUUCCAGGAUGUAACAGGACAGAUUCCGCUAUUAGGUUACUGUCUGCUGUUUUGAGAACAUCAGAAGUGGAGUCCCGGGCAACGAGAGCUAAUCUGACAGACUUACUAAGUCCACAGAUGGGCAAAGAUAUUGUAUGGUUCCUGAAAAGAUGGGCUAAAACAUACUUACUAGUAGAUGAAAAAUUGUAUAACCAGGUAAGCCUGCCCUUUAAUACUGCAUUUGGAGCUGAUACUGAAGGAGCACAAUGGAUUGUGGGAUAUCUGUUGGAGAAGGUCAUUAGCAAUUUAUCGGUGUGGAGCUCAGAACCAGACUUGUCACAUGAUACUGUGGAGCUACUUGUUACUUUAGUUGAGCGCAGGGAACGAGCAAAUAUUGUUAUCCAGUGUGAAAACUGGUGGAAUUUGGCUAAGCAGUUUGCCAGCAGAAGCCCACCAUUACAGUUCCUUUCCAGCUCUGUGCAAAGAACCCUGAUGAAAGCUCUUGUUUUAGGUGGGUUUGCACAUAUGGACACAGAAACAAAGCAGCAGUACUGGACUGAAGUACUUCAACCUCUCCAGCAGAGGUUUUUGAAUGUAAUAAACCAGGAGAAUUUCCAACAGAUAUGUCAAGAGGAAGAAGUCAAGCAGGAAAUCAUUGCCACGCUUGAGGCUCUCUGUGGAAUUGCAGAGGCUACCCAAAUUGACAAUGUAGUGAUUCUAUUUAAUUUCUUAAUGGAUUUUUUAAAUAACUGCAUUGGCCUGAUGGAAAUAUACAAAAACACACCAGAGACUGUAAACCUAAUCAUAGAAGUGUUUGUUGAAGUUGCACAUAAACAAAUCUGCUAUUUAGGAGAGUCUAAAUCAAUGAAGCUCUAUGAAGCUUGCCUAACAUUACUGCAGGUAUAUUCAAAAAACAACCUUGGUAGAAAACGUGUUGAUGUGACAGCAGAGGAAGACCAGUACCAGGACCUUCUUCUUAUUAUGGAGUUGUUGACCAAUCUGCUUUCCAAAGAAUUUAUUGAUUUUAGUGAUACAGAUGAAGUAUUUAGAGUGCAGGAGCCAGGUCAAGCUGCCAAUCGGACAGUAUCUGCUGCAGAUGUUGUGCUUUAUGGUGUCAAUAUUGUAUUGCCACUUAUGUCCCAAGAUCUUCUUAAGUUUCCUUCCUUAUGUAACCAGUACUACAAACUUAUUACUUUCAUCUGUGAGAUCUUCCCAGAGAAGAUUCCUCAACUUCCAGAGGAUUUGUUCAAGAGCCUUAUGUAUUCGUUGGAGCUUGGCAUGACGUCAAUGAGCUCUGAUAUCAGUCAGCUUUGUUUAGAAGCGUUAACUCCCCUAGCAGAGCAGUGUGCAAAAACACAAGAGACAGAGUCGCCUCUUUUUAUUGCGACACGUCACUUUCUUAAGCUUGUUUUUGAUAUGCUAGUGUUGCAGAAACACAACACAGAAGUAACAGUAGCAUCAGGUGAAGCACUGUACACCUUAGUCUGUUUGCAUCAGGCUGAGUAUUCAGAACUGGUAGAAACCCUGUUGUCAACUCAGCAAGAUCCUGUGAUUUAUCAAAGAUUAGCUGAUGCCUUCAAUAAACUGACAGCAAGCAGCACUCCUCCUUCCUUGGAUCGGAAGCAGAAGCUUGCUUUCUUGAAGAGCCUAGAAGAGUUUGUGGCAAAUGUUGGGGGUCUAUUAUGUGUGAAAUAGCAGCUGCUGAGCUGAUUUUUGGAGAAGAUAAAUAUUGCACUGCAGAAAAGGACUCAGUAAAGCCGACUGAAUUCUGUGUAACACAUGCAGGCAGUGGCAAAGUAGCUUUGGUUUACAUAGCUUCAGGAGUGACAUGGUUAAAAUGGCAGGAUGGACUGGGAAAAAACAAAUUGCCACAUUUUUAUUUUUGAUAAAAUCGGACAUAGAUCAACGUGAAGUGAUAUAAAUUCUGAACAUGUGCAUGUGAUUUGGCACAGUGAAGAAUCCUUGGAAGAGUGCCUUUAUUUUUGGAACCAGCCAUAUAAGUGGCCUGAUGAGUCUUGUCUUAAGAAGAUUAUCCACCAGUUUUGCUCUCUCAGGUCUGAAGUGGCAUUUCAAUAGAUACCCGAGUGUAUCUGCUGGCUCUAAUAAGCUUUACUGUUUUCAUCUCACUUAAGGGUCUUUGUGUGACCUUAUCACCAAAACAAUAUAUGCUCACUAUUACUCUAAUAUGUUAAAAGAAAGAAAAUGAAUAAUAAUCAAAUGUUUUCUGUAAAUAUAUAAAUAUAUAUAUAUGUGUAUAAAGAAACAAAAAUAGGUUUUGUAGUUUUGUGCAAUACUGCUGUCAGCAAAACUUUUUUUUUUUUUUCAUUUUCUUGGUCUGUUUAGGAAAGUAUUGUUUUUGCUUCCCAAACAGAGGUCACUAAGGGUUUGAGGCCUUAAUUUUACAAAUUUUUACUGUUACUGACAGCAAAGUGGCAUAGGUUUUUUUUUUUUCUCUCCAAGGAAAUUAAAAGUACUACAGUUACUCAAAUCUCCUCUUGGAUUUAAAGAGAGAGUCAUGCAGAGACAUUGAGAGAGAAGGUGGGGAUUUUUUUUUUAUAUAUUUUUCCCUCAAGGUGGGAUUGGUAUAUAUAUAUAUUUUUUUUUAUUUUAUUUUAUUUUUUUAUUUUAUUUUUUUUUAUAUAUUAUGCCCCUAAAAGUGUAUGAAUUCCUCAUUGCUUUAGCAAUAAAUAUAAAUUGGGAUUGGUAAUAUUGAGUAGAUACCAAUCUUUAGUUGGGGCAUUUAAAAAAAAAAAAAAAAAUUUUUUUAAGAAUAAUCUUGUUAAAAUUACUUUAAACAAAACUGUAAAAGUGUACAUAAUCUUUUUAUCUCUACUCUGGAGUGCUAUGUUUGUGUUAGUUCUGCCAUAUUGUGCCAUUUUACAUGGAUUUUGCAUCCUGGCACGUAUUUGACGCUGUGUAAUUAUGCGUGCAUGGUUGAAGCAGAAAGAAAGCGUUUUCAGUUGUUGAAAAUCACUGUAAGAUAUCUGUGAAACACAGGGCAUCAAAAAGUUGUACAUUUAAAAGAGGAAACAUAAACAAUAUUGUCUAAUCUAGUCUGAAUGUAUAUGAGAAAAUCCGCUGUACUGAAAAGGAUAUUUUAUAUCUGAAAUUGCAUUUAAACAGAAUCUGUUUUAAGGUUUUAAAAUCAACAUCUGUAAAUAAUAUUUUGUGACCCAGUUGUACCCAUUUGAGACAUUUUUCAUAAACUAACAAGCAUUUAUUUAAUUUUUUUCCUAAUUGUACCUCACUCCUUUUCCUAAUUUUAGUUUCUG